ACUUUUUUGGCUGUCAAAUAAAAAUUACUUCAUUAUUCCAACUUAUGACAGUUUGUGCUGCGAAUUCAACUCGAACAGAUCUCUCCUUUCUGGAUUACCGAGAGCGUCUCUAGUCUCCACCAAUCAAACUAAGCAGGAUGAGUAGAUUUAUCAUCACUCUUUUGGCUAUCAUCGCCACAACAUCUGCGAAACCUUAUGUUGUUAGCUACGCACCUGGAUAUUAUGGUGGAUUCAUAGCUCCUUCGUAUAGUUACAACUAUCCAUAUUACAACUAUCCCCUAACUGCAGUUACCUAUGUUGAGACUUUGCCAGUAGUUGCUGCUCCAGCAGCACCAGUGGCUGCCAUUCCAGUGUUUCCAGCAAAAUUAACUGCUAAGAAUGCAGCCCCUGCUCAGGCUCCCCCAGCACAGGCAAAAGCAUCUGCACCAGCACCAAGGCCAGCUUCUGCACCAGCACCAGCUGGAGCUCCAGCGAAAUUAAUAACAAUAACGAAAACUGUACCUCAACUUCCGGAUUUACAAGGUCUGCUAUCAUCACUGCCAUUACAACAAAUUUUGGAACUUCCCCCAGUUAAAUUGUUAGCAGAACUUAAAACUAACAAGUUGCAAGCGAUAUCGGGAUUGCAAAGUGCGUUGCAAGAAAAACUUGCACCUAUUGCUGCUUUGUUACCUUAAGUAUUGUGUCUCUCUUCAGAGCGAAUAAUAGUUAACCAAAGUGUGUGAAGUUUAGUAAUAUUACAACAACAAAAAAACGAACUAAAUGCAACGAAUUCAAUAAUUAACCUUUUUUUAUAAUUAAUUUAAAAUUUAAAUAAAAAUGAAAGUAAUAGUCAAA